AUGGGGACAAAAGCAGGUCUGUGUGAGGACAAACUGGGGCUGCCCCACACCAGACUGAGCCAGUUCCAAGGCAGGCCCAUGCCCAGCCCCAGAGGAGCCCUGCAGCACGAACAGCUUAAGGGUCUCAAUAUCACAGUGGGCUUUGCUCAUCACUGGUUUGCUUUCUUCCUGCUCUGGGCUACAAGAAAGCUUUGUACCAGCGCUGUGUCAGAGAAGCCCUUUGGUAGCUCUCCUGAUUUUCCUGUAGUUUCUCUGGCCACCAGCAUGGAGGGACCCUGGGUAGGCAACUGGAGACCUCAUCCUCGACGGGGCCCAAUCCUUGCAGAAUUCAGCACCCCAGGUCCCAAGUACUGGCUCCCUGGGUUAACAGGUCAUAUGGCUCAUGAUCCCACCAGAGACAGAGCCCCUGCAUACUCAUUUCGAGGGACCAAAGCUCCCUCCACAGACAACUGCUCACCAGGUCCUCGAUACUUCAUCCAGCCAUCCAUCACCAAGACUGGGAAGUAUGUACCACCAAAAGCACUUGUGCUGGGACGUCCCAAGAGCAAGAUUUUGGUCACCCCUGGACCCAGUGACUACCUCACAGAGCUUGCCAACAAACAUGUCUACUAUACCGCACCAUCCAAUCACAUGGUGUUCCGGCCCAAGGACUUAAAAGGUUUUCGAACACCAGGUCCUGGAGCCUACACCUUGCCCAGGAUUCUGGGACCCCAUACAGCAUAUACUCAUGCUGAACCCUGCUACUCCAUGAAGGGGAAGAGUAAAUACCAGAGCUGUUUUCAAGAUGUGGCAAAGACACCAGGUCCUGCAGCAUUUGCCAGGGUGGAUCUGGAUGUCUACAAAACCAGGGCUCCCAAGUUCUCAAUGGGACUAAAAACCAAACUUGCUGGGAAGGAUCGGUUUCCAGGUCCAGCAGACUACAACACAGGAAAGGUUGCACUGACCAAGGCCCGGGAUCCUGCUUACACCUUUGGACUCCGACAUUCUGUUUACAAAGCUUCUUUAAUACCUGCAACACAUCUUGAAUAAAGACAGAUACCUGAAGAGA